AAAUUUCAAAUUGAAUAAAUAAAUAAAUAAAAAAAAAAUAAUAAAUAAAAUAGAAAAAUUAAUUAUUUAAAAAUUCCGAUUUGAAGUGAAAUAAAAAAAAAAAGUUAAUUAAAAUUUAUUUAAAUUAAAAAAAAAACACAUAAAAUUAUCAAACUGUAUAUUUAAAUUUUAAUUCAAAUAAGUAAUUAUAUGUGCAUAUGUACAUACGUUAUCAUUCUUAAUUUUAUGAUUAGUGCAAUUCAACUUAUUAGAAUAUCAGAUGAAAUUAUAUAUGAAAAAGACACAAAGAAAUCAUGAGAAAUUAAAAAUAUAGAAUAAAUAAAUUGAUUGGAUUUAAAAGGCAACAUUUGUUUUUAAAAUAAAAAAGCACAAUUUAUACAAAUUGGAAUACUUACCCUUCAAAACUAGAAGAAGUGUCAAUAUUGUCAAAAUAAACUGACAAUAAGAGCCAAAUUGAUUAAUUAGAGAGAAACAAAAAAAAAAACACAAAUCUUAUUAAAAACACAAAUUUCUUUACUUCACAAAUUUAUUUUAUUUACUAUUUAAAUAAAAAUCUUUAAAAUUGUUAAUUUUUUAUUCUUCACGCUAGUAUAGAGGGAAAUAAAAACCUUCUUAAAAUAAUUUUUGACCAAAAAUUUGAAUUGGUUUGUUGUUUUUUUUUUUUCGUAAAACCAAUUAAUAUAAAAAAAAGAAAACGUGGCUAAUACGGAAAAACGAAGGAACAAAAUUAAAAAACUGAAUUGAAAUUUAGGCUGGCUCGUAACGGUGAAACAAGGGGGGCAGAGUCUCCCGACGGUACACCAGACGGUGGAGCCACCUGUUGGUGGGCGCCCUGGACUGCUAUGGGCUGUUUUGGUUCAGCUGGUUCAAAACAAACGGAUGCCGCUGGUAGCGGUUCAGAAGAUUCAAAAAGUCAAAAACGACGUAGCGAUGCCAUUACAAAACAAUUACAAAAAGAUAAACAAGUAUAUAGGGCGACGCAUAGAUUGCUCCUGUUGGGAGCUGGUGAAUCUGGUAAAUCAACGAUUGUUAAGCAAAUGCGAAUUCUUCAUGUUAACGGUUUCUCGGAAUCAGAAAGAAAGCAAAAAAUCGAUGAUAUCAAAAAGAAUAUCCGUGAUGCAAUUAUAACAAUUACCGGUGCUAUGAGCACGCUAAAUCCACCUGUAGCAUUAGAAAAAAAAGAAAAUGAAGCUAGAGUCGAAUAUAUUCAAGACUAUGCUUCAGGUCCUGAUUUCAACUACCCUCCAGAAUUCUAUGAACACACAGAAGAACUGUGGAAAGAUCGUGGUGUUCAGCAAACAUUUGAAAGAUCAAAUGAAUAUCAAUUAAUUGACUGUGCUAAAUAUUUCUUAGAUCGUGUGAAUGUAAUAAAACAACAAAAUUAUACACCAAAUGAACAGGACAUCUUACGAUGCCGUGUCUUAACAUCAGGCAUUUUCGAAACUAGAUUUCAAGUUGAUAAAGUUAAUUUCCAUAUGUUCGAUGUUGGUGGACAAAGAGAUGAACGUCGUAAAUGGAUUCAAUGUUUUAAUGAUGUAACUGCAAUUAUUUUUGUAACUGCCUGCUCUAGUUAUAAUAUGGUUCUUCGUGAAGAUCCAACACAAAAUCGACUUAGAGAGUCACUUGAUUUAUUUAAAAGUAUUUGGAAUAAUAGAUGGUUACGUACAAUUUCAGUUAUUUUAUUCCUUAACAAACAAGAUUUAUUAGCAGAAAAAGUGAAAGCUGGUAAAAGUAAACUUUCUGAUUAUUUUGCUGAAUUCAACAGAUAUCAAACGCCAAAUGAUGCGCUUAUAGAACCUGGAGAAGAUCCAGAAGUAAUUAGAGCUAAAUAUUUUAUUCGUGAUGAGUUUUUGCGUAUUUCAACUGCUAGUGGCGAGGGUAGACAUUACUGUUAUCCGCAUUUUACAUGUGCUGUUGAUACUGAAAAUAUAAAAAGAGUGUUCAAUGAUUGUCGAGACAUUAUACAAAGAAUGCAUCUACGUCAAUAUGAACUUUUAUAGAUAACAUCACGCAAACUAAAUUUCAUAAAUCACAUUAUAGUAAACUAAACAAAAAAAGAAAAAGCAACAAAAAAAAAAGUAAAUUCGUCAUAAAUGAAAAUCGUUGUCGUGUCUACUAUCAAAAUCAUUUAAAAAAAAAAAUUCAGAAUCAGAAAAUUAAAAUUGAGAAAAAAAAAAUACACAAAAAUUAUAAAUUUAUAAUACAAAAAUUUUAAAUUAAACUGCAACAAAGAAGUCAUAAAAAAGAAGGAAAAAAAAAUA